CACCUGGCAAGUCCCUUCCGCACUCGAGUCUCACUUUCUUGCUCAGCGAAACGGGGAAAUGGAAACUGCCCCCGAGGCUUGCUGUGGUAACGAAAGGAGAUAGCAGGUAUUACGGGAAGCGCCGGUUGUGAAAUGAGCACGGGCUUUGCAGGCAGACGGACGGGAUUUGAACCCUGCCUGCAUCCCUCACUCGCUGGGCCAUCUUGGAGAUUCUGGUUUUUAGCCAAGGAAUCUGCACUGAUGCAGGAACUAUAGAUGAUGCAAAGAACACACUGUGAACAACUGAGAUCCACAUCAGAGGUCCACAUAUCAAAGUAUUUGAAGAGAGGUGUCACCAGGAAGUGAAGCUAAAGAGAGCUAAAGGUGACAUCCAAGUGUUGAUACCAUAGCAUGCGGAAAUUUUAACACUGAUCUAAACAGGAGAUUUAUCAUAAGGAAUUGGCUGACAUGGUUAUGGAGGCUGAGAAGUCCCACGUUCUGCUAUCUGCAAACUGGAGACCCAGGAGAGCCAGCGGUGAAGACGUCUCCUAUGAGGAAAGGACCUGUGAGGGGGGGCGGUUUGCCACAGUGGAAGUGACAGACAAGCCUGUGGAUGAGGGUCUCCGGGAAGCAAUGCCCAAAGUCAUGAAGUAUGUGGGAGGCACCAAUGACAAGGGAAUCGGAAUGGGGAUGACAGUUCCUAUUUCCUUUGCUGUGUUUCCUGAUGAUGAUGGCUCCCUCCAGAAGAAAUUAAAAGUCUGGUUCCGGAUUCCAAACCAGUUUCAGAGCAACCCGCCAGUUCCCACUGAUGACAGCAUUAAGAUCGAGGAGAGGGAAAGCAUCACCGUCUAUUCCCUGCAGUUCGGCGGUUACGCGAAGGAGGCCGACUACAUAGCUCAUGCCACCCAGCUGCGUACAGCCUUGGAGGGCACGGCCACCUGCUGCAGUGACGUCUACUUCUGCACUGGAUAUGACCCUCCCAUGAAGCCCUACGGACGUCGCAAUGAGGUCUGGCUGGUGAAAGCAUGAGGAACUCGCCGCCUUACAACUUCCCGGCCCUGUGCUUCUGGGUCCACUUCCCGAGGGGGGAAGGAGGGGGCACAGCUGCCAACUGUGUCUCCAGCUUCGCUGACGUCCCUUCAAAGCUGUGUACUGCCAGUUUUAUGAAAUACGCCUAUUCUGUCUAUGCUCUUUCUCUCCUGGUAGGAACUAAGACAGCCAAAAUAGGAAGGAACAUUUGAACUGACUUAGAAAGUUCUGUGGUAGAUCAGAAAAAAAAAUCCAGCAAUGUUUUCCCAGCUAUCUGGGUCACUCAAAACAGAUCACAAAAAAUUAUUGACCCUGUCCUUUUGUGGUGGAGGAGAAAAUGUGAUUUGUGCACCAUCUGUCAUUUCUGAUUCUUGCAAGACCUUUGUCUAAAAGAGGCCUGAAAAUAAAGAUCUUUGACUUAA